AUGCCGAGAAAAAAGGUGAACGCGCCGAAGGCUGCGACGGUGGACGCGCAGAAGGUCGACACGAAGGAUGUCAAGGCUGUUGGGCCGCUGAACCCCAAGACAACUCAUUAUGAGUUUGCGGGCCCCAUUGGAGCCCUGGGAGUUACACUUUUGACCCCAGCCUUCACCUACCUCCUCUACUUCGCCUGCAACCCAGCGUCAUGCUCUAUCCCAACUAUCUCCGGACUCCAGUCUCAAUGGCCCGGCUGGGCAGGAUUGUUCGACCCGGAAGCUAUUCGGGCGUAUUUGAAGUGGUGGCAGUUAUUGUUGAUGUUGUGGGUCGUUAUCCCUGGACCAUGGGUUGAAGGAACGGAGUUGAGGGAUGGGACGAGGGCGAGGUAUAAGAUGAAUGGGUUUCGGACGUUCGUGGUGGUUAUUGCAAUGCAGAUUGCAGUCUUGCUGAGGUACGGGCCCGGACAUUCAGUGUUUACAUUCGUGUGGGAGCAUUACCUCGGGCUCAUCACCGCAGCCUGCCUCUUCUCAUUCGCCCUUGCGAUUCAUGUUUACGCCUCCUCCUACAUCCCUAUUAAGAAUGGUGGCAGCAAGUUGUUGGCACUUGGAGGAAACUCAGGAAAUGUUGUGUACGACUUCUUCAUUGGCCGCGAACUAAACCCCACCCUCAACCUCCCCUUCCUCCCCGAUCAACCCUUCGACAUCAAGCAGUUUGCCGAACUCCGCCCCGGAAUCAUUCUCUGGGCCAUUCUCAACAUCGCUUUUGCUGCGCACCAGUUCGUUGAGUUUGGAAGGGUGACGGACUCUAUGGUCUUGGUUUGUGUGUUUCAGGGAUGGUAUUGUUUGGAUUCGUUGUGGAAUGAGGAGGCGGUGUUGACGACGAUGGAUAUUACGACGGAUGGGUUUGGGUUCAUGCUCUCUUUUGGCGACCUCGUCUGGGUUCCGUUCACCUACUCUCUGCAGGCGCGAUACCUUGCUUCACACCCCGUCGAUCUCGGCCUCUGGAAAUCCAUAGGCAUAAUUGCGGUUCAGCUCACUGGAUACUACAUCUUCCGCUCCGCAAAUACCCAAAAGAACACCUUCCGCAACACCCCCACCCACCCCUCCGUCUCCCACCUAACCUACCUCCAAACCUCGUACGGCACAAAACUCAUCACUUCAGGCUGGUGGGGAACCGCACGCCACAUCAACUACCUUGGAGACUGGAUCAUGGCAUGGGCGUGGUGUCUCCCCACGGGCUUCGCAACUCCCAUUACGUACUUUUAUGUCGGGUAUUUCGCUGUGUUGUUGGUGCAUCGGGAGAGGAGGGAUGAGGAGAAGUGUGGGAGGAAGUAUGGGAAGGAUUGGGAGGAGUAUAAGGGGAGUGUUAGGUGGAGGAUCGUGCCGUAUGUGUAUUAG